UCUUCAGGGUCUAGGUAGGGUUUUGUCUUCGCCGCGCGACAAUGCUGGUGGAAGAAGGCGAUGAGAGGGCGAUUGAUUGGGAUAGAUUGAUCGCCAAGGAGAAGCGAUGGCAGCGCAAGGAGUCGACGCGGAAGAAUCCGGCUCCAAAUGCGGGUAAGAGGAGGGCCGUGGAGGAGGAGGAGGAGGAGGAUGACGAUGGGGACGAGAUCUAUCCAUGCCUCGAGGACUCCAGAAGCUGGGAUUUUGAUUUUGAUCACGAAAAGCUGGAGAACGAGGACAAGCUCGCUGCGAUCUGGCAUGAUUGGGAUGCCGAGAUUGAGGCCGAGCGACGAAGGGUGCCGGAUCUCAUCAAGUUCAAAGACAUCGAUGUUCUCAUCGACAGCUGCGAUCACGAGUUUGUUUUCCGGGAGGAUUGUGGAAAGGUGUGCGAGAUUUGUGGGCGAGUUGUGAAGCUGGUGUCCGACGUCUUCGACAUUCCAGUCCCAGCAAGGAAAGCGAGCUCUAGACCGGCAACUAAAAAACUAAAGCUCCACGAGGACUACGCAUGGAAGUCCACGCUCAACUUCGGCGACGUGACCGUGGAUCUCGUCCCGCAUCCAAUGGACAGUGCCCGGAUGUAUCCGCACCAGAGGGAAGCGUUUAUCUUCAUCAGCCGCAACUUGCUCUCAAAGGAGCCCGGGGGUGUCAUUCUCCACCAUGCCCCCGGAACAGGCAAGACGUUUCUCGUCAUCAGCUUCCUCACUAGCUUCUUCGCCAACUUCCAGUCGGCCAGAGCUAUGAUCCUCGCUCCAAAGGGAAUGCUCCUUCGCUGGGAGGAGGAGUUUCACAAAUGGGAGGUCGCGAGUCUACCAGUUUAUAUUCUCGACGGCGACUCGGACAUCAAGGUCUACAAAUGGGCCACGGAGCGCAGCGUUCUCAUCAUGACUCCACAGCUUCUGGCAUCGAAGCUGGCGGGCGGCCAGGGCGAAGAGGGCGACGAAAGCUGGCUGCUAGCUCGGGCAGCCGACGUGCUGGUGUUUGACGAAGCUCACUACGCAAGGAAUGACAACACCAGGAUCGCCGAAGCGUUGAAGACGGUCAGAACUCCUCGGCGUAUCUUCCUGUCCGGGACGGUGUUCCAAAACAACCUGGACGAGCUCUACAAUCUCUUCACACUGUGCCGGCCAAGUUUCCUGACACCGGUGCUGGAACGCUUCGAGUUUGACGCUUCCAAGGACGACGCAGAGAGGCACUUCUUCAAGGAGAUGAUCGAGAACCGGCUGGAGAACAACCUUGGCGCCGCGGUUCGUUUCUUUCGGAAGCUGACGGCUCCGUUUCUUCACUGGCACGGUGGCAAAGUUCUGGACAGUCUCCCGGGCAUCGAGGAGGUGCUGGUGACGCUAAAUCUUACCGAGGCUCACAAGGCGCUCGUUCUAAACGCCGGCAAAAGCUACACCAAGGAAAAGAAGAAAGGCUUCCUGGCCGAGGACAGUCGCUUAGCGAGAGCUUGCGUUCAUCCUUGCUUUGCCGUGGACGUGGAAUCUCCUGAGCUCGAGCAGCAGGAUCCAAAGGCGGGCGCCAAGACUGCCUUCGUGAUGGAGCUCCUGCGCUUCCUCAGGAACAAGCCGGAGAAGCUGAUCAUCUUCGGCCAGUACAGGCAGCCUCUUGAGCUUCUCAAGAACAUGAUCAUGGAGCGGCUGGGAUGGAGGGAGCUUCACGAGGUCCUUUACAUGUCCGGGGAGACUGCAACCAACGAGAGGGUCCGCAUAAGCAGCACUUUCAACUCCAAGAGCAGCACGGCGCGGGUGAUCCUCGUCUCCAUCAAGGCUUGCGGCGAAGGCAUCUCUCUCGUCGGUGGCUCCAGGGUGGUGGUCCUCGACACGGCCUGGAAUCCUUCCACGGUGAGGCAGGCGGUGAGCCGCGCGUUUAGAAUCGGCCAGAAGAAGAAAGUCUACGUCUACAGGCUACUCGUCGGCAACACACUGGAGCACGAAGUCGAGAAGCUCAGAAGAUCGAUGCGCAAGGACUUCCUGGCGAUGGCUCUCUUCCACACCGAGGUAACUCCAGAGGAUCUGGCGAGGAAGGCCGGGCUUAAACAGGAGCUCGCUCCCGUGGAGGACACACAGGACGCCUUCCUCAAGCCUUUUUUGCUCGAAGGCUCGGAUAUCAAGUACCGGUGUGACGGUGUCUAUCGUGUUCCUAGAGGCCUGGACGAAGUUUGUGCUGCAUAGAGGAAAUAGGCUAUCAACUUUAGAGGUUGUAUAAAGGUGAGCUUAUAUCCUUUAUAUCAUUAUAUGAUUAUGCAUAUCAAUUCUAUCA